AUGGGUGUGGGAGAAGGCUCCGUGGUUGAGGUGAAGAUUGAGACAGGUCCUGAAAGGUUAGCCAGAGUCAUUAGGCAGGGAAAACGGACAAGGAGGCUCAUUCUUUUGAAUAUGCUCAAUGCUGACAAUGCUUUUGAGGGUGGAUUGGAUUUGGGGGCGGGAUGUAGGGUGCGGGAUGGGAAAGAAACUGGUGAGAGGAAUUGUGUUCCGUCAACAAAGUUGAUGAUGAAGCAGAAGCCCUGGCUUCCAGCCUCAAGCCACCACAUCUCUGCACCGGGAAGGAAGGAGGGCCCUGGAGGCAGGAGGCGGCUGUGCUGGCUCGCCGCGCAGCACGGCGCGGAACCCGACGGCGGGUCUGGCCGCUGUGCCUCCUUGGCCGCGACCGCCCUUGCACGGGUCCGCGCGGGGAGCUGGGCCGAGACCGGCCGCAGCCCCCGACGCACGGACUUCCUGCCCGGCGUCUCCCCCCGACUUGUCCCUAGAGGCUCGGGGGCGGCGAGUGCCGUGGACCUAGCGGUGGGGUGCGGGCGCCGGGGAGCCGGGGGCUCCUCUAGCGCCGGCAAGGACGUCACUUUGAGCGAAAGACAAUGUCAAGUGCAAGUGAAGAAAAAAAGGAGAGGAGUACGAAGGUCGGGGGUGAGAAAACCUGAUUUUCUGUUUACUGAACCGCCUCCCAUUGCUCCAGAAUUUAACCCCGAAGGAGCUUCGAGGCACCGCCCGCACCGUAAAUCCCUGGGACUCGCACCCCGCAGACCGGCGUCCCGUGCCGCCUCUCAGACGGGCGCCCCGAGGCUGGCGCUGGCCCGUCUUUCCCUCCGGGCCCGCCUGAGGUUCCCGGCCGAGCCCGACCUUGGCCGUUCUUCCGGCUGCGCCCAGGAGAGGCCUGGAGGCCUGGGCCCGGCGCCGCUUCGGGCAGCAGGGCUCCGGGUUGGCCGGGGACGCAGCCCGGGCGCGAGUGCGCGAACGGAGCCGCGCCACUCCCGCCGCCGGGCGCAGGUGCGGGCCGCUCACCCCGGGGCCGAAGGCGGGCCGGGCCCCCGGUUACCCGGGAAAGGUCUAUUUUCGGGCCUCCCUCCCCCGCCCAGCGUGCGCCCUCCCCUCCUCCCCUCGGGUACAGUUUGUCUUUUUCGUUUUCUUUCCUCGACGCUUCUCGGUUCCUCCAUCCCUUUGCGGCACGCGCCCACCACCAACGCCGCGGGCGAAUUGGAGGGCUCUAUGUGCCUGCCCCGGGGGUGUCGCCGCGGGCCCCGGGGCCGUCUCCCCUACGGGCCGGGGACCGAGGGGGGGGGGCCGCCUUGCCGCCAGGAGCAGCGCGGGCGGGAGAUGCGCGGAACGUCCAGGACGGGGAGGGGGCCGCGCCAGCGCCCGGGCCCUGCGUCCCUCCCCAUCUGUCGGACCAAAGCUGCUGAAGCUGCAGAAUUGCGCUGGCGCCCGUCCACCGGCUGCAAACAAAACCAAACAAAACGCGGCGAAAGGAAAAGCGAAAUGGCGCUGCUGAAAAUGGAGCCUCGGCCUCUAGGACGUCUUUCUUUCCUCUGUCUCUUACUUCGUCUACUUCGUGUUUCUAGUCCUUCAACGCCCCUCUUCUCGGCUCUCCUCCCUGUAAUCUCUACCCCAUCGCCCCUUUGCUUUUCUGAUUAACAACCUCCUUUCCCCGCUUUUCCUUCUUUCCUUUCCCCUCUCGGUUCCUCCUUCUCCAUUUUGUGUCACAGGCUCUUCUCUUCUCAGUUCCCUUUCUGGGCUCGCGCUCCCCCGCCCGUCUCACUUGAUGUUUUCUGCGUGUCGGGGAGCGGGGGUGGUAGGGACGGUGAGGCUAGGUAGUGAGUGGGUUUGGUAGAGACAGGUUUUAUUUAGAACCCAAACAGCUCCUUUAAUUAGCCGUGCGCUCGCCCUGCGCCCUCGUUCCCCGCGGCUCUGCGCCCGGACUCGCGCGGCGCCGUCCCACCAGCCAGGCGUCACCGCCCAGGAGGCGGCUCAGGGCUUAACGCAGAAGUGAAUACCUUUUUAUAUAUUUUAAGCUUAGAAUAUCGUUUUUGCAGUGAUCGUGAGCGUGGCAUACUUCGGAUAGGUGGAUCUCAUUUUCCCAAGGGACUUCCAAAGACCAUUUUAAGAGAAGCGUGCAGAGAAGACAGCAAUAUUUAUCACUUUUUCUUGUUUUCUUUUGAGCAGAGGGAACCCCAAGCACUAAGAUACUUAUGUUUUUAAGGCCAGACUUUUUUGAAAAUGACUUUUUCUUUUACACUCAUAGUUGACUUUGAUCCUUUAAAAAAAAGAGGGUGAACUCUUUCAAAAGAGACCGAUGCUUUUGAAUACAUAACACCCCCCAAUUGUGGUUCUCGGAUAGUUUCUCUAGACGCAUUAUGAUUUUGAGGUUCAAGGUCUCUAAGCGCUCUUCAGUGAAACAGUGGGAAAUAUGUUGCUACGUUAAAAGAGCAGAAGGUGAUAUUUCCUGAUUGUGUUCUAUCUUAGUAGUAGAGAGUGUCGGGGUUUGUUUUUGCUUUUUUUGGGGGGGGGGCUAAGGGGGAAUUGGGCAGAAUUUGCCUUGGUUCUGUUAAAGAACCAGCUGAUAGAAGCUAUUUCAAGUGAAGAGCUUCAGUCAAUACGAAUCUUAAAGCAGUGACAUCAUUUUCUGACCUGAGUUCGUCUUUUAGUCAUGGUAGAAAGGUUAGUCUCCGUACAAUAUUUGAAAAUAAACUGAUUUUGCUUCCCAGUAUAUUUAGUACCAACUACACUUCACUUUAUUCCCAAAUCUUCUGGCCAGUUUCACCUCCUCUAGAGGUCUGUCAGAACCAUAUCCUCCAGAAGAAAAUACAAGUGCUCCUCCCGUAUGUGAUUCUAAUGCUCUUGGAAUUAUUUGAAAAGAUGUCAAACUUUUACAAGGAGAAUCUUUUAAAAAAUGUCUCAGGUUUUAAUCCAGGCUCCUGCUGCUUUGUUAUGCUUUUCUCCUGGUAGAUGAACAAAUAAAAUGAGUCUUACUGGAAGGGUAGGUAGAUUUUCUUUUUUCCAGACAAGAUUUCUAAAAAUAGGCAAAGUUAGAAAGUUAUUAUUACCCUUCAUUUUAAUUGGAAUGAUUCAGUACUUAAUACCAAGUUAAUACUAUUAAGAUGUUAUUUCCUGCUCAAAGGAGAUAAAUUAAGUCACAACUCAGUUUAUUUUAGAUGGACAACUUUGUAUAUAAGCAAGUGGGGCUAGAAAAAAGUAUCAUAUAUUUAGAUAUCUAGAUAUAUAGUACUAGUAAUGUUCAAAGCCCAUCGAGGCAGUGUAUUGGGGAGAAGGGUAUAAAUCAGACAUGGUAUCUGAUGUUGAAGAGUUUACAGUUUGUAAGGAGGGAUUAAUUCCUUCUUUAUUUUUUCUCAUUUAAAAACAAACAUUCAUAUGGACAAAAAUAAAAUUAGAUCCCUACCUUACUCUACACACAAAUUAAAUUUCAGAUAGACCAAAAACCUAAAUAAGAAAAACAAAACUUUAAAAAUAUUGGAAGGAAAUACAGGAGAAUAUCCUUAUGACCUUGGUGUAGGGAAGGAUUUCUUAAAACAUUAAAAUGCACAAUCCAUAGAGGAAAGGAUAAAUUGAAUUAUGUUAAAAUAAAUCAUAUAUAUAUGACAAAAGACAUCAUAAAAGGACAAAUGGAGACAAUAUUUCCAAGACAUGAACUUGACAAAGGAUUAAUAUUCAGAAUGUGUGAAUAGCAUAUAAAGAAUUUAAUAAUUUACACAUGAAUAAUCAUGUAAGUAAAGGAUACGGAUAUACACAUGUGAAGUAAAAGUAUAGUGCUAUUACCAGGAAGGAUACAUAUUGACUUCAAAAGUGAUUUCCUUUUGGAGAAAAGGAAGGAGGGGAAUAGGAAGGAAUCCAAAGGGGGUAUCAAUUCUUUAUAAAAAGAUCAGAGCCACCUAUGGCAGGAUGUUAACCUUUUUGUUGUUUGUACUUUAUCAUAAGAUUAUUAUAAUUGGACUUCCCUGGUGGUGCAGCGGUUAAGAAUCCGCCUGCCAAUGCAGGGGACACGGGUUUGAGCCCUGGUCCGGGAAGAUCCCACAUGCCGCGUAGCA